UUGGUUUUCAGGUAUCAGCUGAGUCCGGUUUCCCUGAAGCCAAAUGUACGAGCAAGUCGAAGUCAGCAUGGUCCUUUUCAGAAUAAACUCGCCAAGCUAGUGGACAAGUUAUCAGCUGAGCGGGAAAUAGUCGAUUUGGAGCAUGAAACUGGAAGGACUCUUUUCAAUUCUAUGGACUCAUUUUUCGCCUAUGGGCUACUGUCCGGUGAUAAAGUCUACUGGCGAUUCGUCCGUGAGUUUCUCCCGAGAACACAACAACAGCUUCUUCGAGCUGAGUGGGGAGACAUCGAUGACCGACGUCUGUCCAUCGCAUGGCUGAAAGAUGCGUUCAAUAAAGGCACACUUCACUUCCAAAUGCUCGCGUUCAGAAAUAAUCGGAGAAUUAUUGAACGAUUCUAUCAUCGCAAUGCUUGCAUGAAUAAUGGUGGGAUGUUAGAAGCGGUCACUGACAUGAUCACCAGCCUUGUGAACGUCCAGUUUGCUUUUUACUCGACGCUCAAUCUUCGCACAGAACCAGCGCGAGCAGUUGUUGUCGAGCCUCCGGUAACACCGAUUGCCACAGCACGAGCGAAAAGGAGAAAAAGAACGGAAAGCUUACGCAACCAGCCUCCUGUACUCAGUGAAACAAUUCCGUCAAAUUUAGAAACUAUUCCUGUGCCUUCACCGAAAGAUCAGGACGCAAUUUUGGACGAAUUGAUGAGGAUGCGGAGAAAUCGAUUGCAAGGUUUCGAGGACAACAAUGGGAAUGAAAAGUCUGACGGAAAUGGAGAUUCUGGAAUGAACACGAGUGGGAACUCAUCAGAACCGCCUGUUAGGAGCGAAGGGUUCGAAGAGGUGGUACGCAAAACCAUGUCGCAAGCAAACAUGGAAAAUCUGGGAGAGCUCGAGCCGAAGUCGUUUGACAGUCUACUCCAGUACGAGGAGUUGUCACCGGAGAAACACCAUGAAGAUGACGCUUUAGUUGAAGGCGAAGUGAUGCUCCAUUCUGGAGACAUUUUGAAGUUGGCGAUGAACGUGUAUGUGAAUGAGGGCGAAAGAAUGCUGCAUAUGUACCAUGUGUAUCAGCGAUUCGCGGCUGGAGUGCCUCAGCAGAGGCUUCUUGCAGUAACUGAUCACAAUGUAUACGUUAUCACUCAGAAUGUUGUUCAAGAAGAAUCUGCUCACCCAGGAGUGUUCGAAGAAGGUGGCCAUAAUAACGUGUUCUACGAAGUUCACGUUGUUAUACCACUAUCAUCUAUUGAUUAUAUAGCGGUACGUUGA